CCUCGAAUAUUACUGCUUCAAGAUGGGAAUGCAAUUUAACUACAGAUAAGAACCAAAUUGUCAUCUCUCGCGUCGCCCGUUAAAGCAUGAAUUUUUAAAAAGGAAAUGUCAAGACGAAGCACAAGCGUUCCAUCACCUGCAUCUUUUGAACGAUCCUCGCACAGGCCUCAAAGUUCACUGAGGCAUACUUGCUCACUGCCAGCAGUACCGGUGCAUCCCGUUGCUAUGGUAAACCGCGUGGACCAGCUUGAAGACAGGGUCGUCAGUCAUGAGAAGACACCUCCCGUCAUUGUGAAGCAGGCAUUCCGUUUGAAGGAGGAGAUUGUAAACAGUCUGCGAGGGCCGCAGAGCAAAGGGGUGGGGGAGCAGGAUGGUAGGCAGCUCCUGGAAGAGCAUAUCCAGACCAUUACAGCCAUUGUGAGCCAACUGAACAGAGAUAUAGAGGUUCUCCAGGAGCAGAUCCAUGCUCGGGACGGUGUUAGCUAUGGCACUAAUACUGCACUCAAGAGCCUGGAAAUGCAACAUCUGUCUAGCCUGAGUGACCUUCGAUGGAGAAUUGCUAGGUGUGACGCCAGUAUUUCUAUACUGUCUGCAGAAGUGAAGUCUACACAAGAGAACAUCCAGAAUUUAGCCAAAGAGCAUAAAAGAUCUAAAGCUGAUGUGGAAUGCAAAAUCGAACAUAUUGAAAUCCAAAUAUCUAGGGUCUUAGGUAAGACUGAGCAGUCUGUGGCACAGCAAGAAGCUAAGAUUAAGGCAAUCCAAGGGGACAGCAGUCACCAGCUCCACCUACUGGAAGCUAAGUUGGAAGGGGCGUCAGAAGGCCUGAAGAGCCAGUUGGUAUCAAUUCAAAACUCUCUGGAAAAGGAACAGGAACGGGCAGUCACAGCGUGCCUUACGAAGAUUGGGCAACUUUCACUUGUCAUUAAGGAACAAACGGUAAGGAUGCCAGCCAGGAAUGGUAUCAAAAUCAGUUUUGAUCCCAACACUUUAGGAGGUUUAUUGCUAACAACUGUAUCGUUUGUGUGCGAGGAUAAAAAUGCCAAGAUUGUGGAAGAGCGGUGUGGUCAACUCUCCAUGAAGCUUGAUAAGAUUGAGGAGGUACAGAAAACUAACUUAGGGUCCCACAGAGUGAAGCAUGCAGAGGAAAAGGAAAACGACCGGAUCAACAAGAUAGAGAAAAAAAUAUGGAAAGAAAUACAGGACAUGAGAGCAGAGACUAAUGCUGGUUUUGCUGCCAUUCAUGAGAGCCUGGGGUCCCUGAGACAUGUACUUGAAGAUAAAAUUAAACUGGAGAAGGACCAACUCCAGAAACAGAUCCUCCAGGUGAAGAAGAUGACUCAGUCUUCUGUGCAGGAAAAUCAACAGAAGUUGCAUAUGUAAAUGAAUGUAUUAUAUCAUAUGAAAGAGGUCCCUUUCAUACAUGUACGUAAUGGUAGGCUUAUUGCAAUAUAUUAGUAAGCACAUAUGCCUGCUCUAGCACACACUGUUCUUGCAUUGGUACAUGAGAGCGCAGCCCCACACCCUUUAGCCUCUCAAAGAAAGAGCAUCAGUCAGUUGCACAACUGAUUGAUUGAUCAUUUUUUUGUAAUUUCCAAAAUAACAGUAUGUUUAUAUAAAAGCCACACAAGUCGAUGUCCUAAACCUGCCCCACACUUAAAGGAGUUACAGAAUAACAGCUGAGAUGAUUUCUGCAAAACUUUUUUUUUUUUUUGUGAGACUAACAACCACAAUAUUUUGUUCUGCUAAGUACCACAAAUAUCCUAUGAUCCUGUCUGAACUAAGAUCGCUAAGAACCACUAAAAUCACUGCACUUCAUUUGUGGUUUAUUUGUAUAUGUGAGGCUUAGCACACUUUAAAGUAGUGUCUACUAUUGCUUUUUAUUUUACAUGUAACCUGUUAGGCUAGCAUCUUGAGUUCACUGUGCCAAUUUAACAGUUACAUUUUAAAUACAGACUUUUUAAUCUUUCAUGAAUAGCUACACCAUAUACAGUUUCUAUAUUAAAAUCUUGACACAGCUAGGCAGUCAAAUUAAAGGAUGGUGCUGCUGAAGAAGAUAACCCUGUUUAUUUCAACGAGGAAGCUUGCAGACCUAGUACAUGUGACAGAGAAACUGUAAUAGAGGAGUUCUGUAUUUCUGAUCCAGACCACUAUGCUGGUACUGUAGGAUGCUUUCAAUGCUGUUUAUUUUUUUUUAAUUCAUUACCAGUGUGUGUUUAUAGGUUAUUUUGAUAGAUUGGCGUCACACUUGGUGCAUGUGUUGAAAUAUCAUUUUUAAAAGAUCACUAGAGGUGAUGACUGAAACAGAAAAGGGUCCAGUGAAUCUAAAGAAGAAGAACAACUCAUUAGUAAAGAUAACUGAUAUUUUCUACCAAAUUGUUCUUUUCAUGUAAUAGUUACGGUUAACACUGGUGGUUCACUUUAACGUACAUUAUAAACAGGGGUUCUGAUUUAGUUUAUCAGUAAAGCUUGAUUUCUAUCUUAAAAUCAUUGUUGUGUGUACAUAGCAACUUUAAAAGUCAAGGACAUUUUCUUAACCAAUGUAUG